AUGCAGCAUAGAAAAGUGACGACGAAUGAUGUAGAAGAAAUUGUUGGAGUUACUUCUAAAUUCACCUCAAACCUCAUCAUGACCCGUACUCAACUGUAUCGCUGCUUAUCAGCGUUAGUCCACACACGAGAUUCAAAUGUUAAUGGAAUUGUCGUACGACAGAGUCAGUCAUCGUUUCACAUGAAGAACAGCAAAUAUAAAAGGGAAAACGUCCCAUCAAGGCUAAACGAUACGCAUAAAAGGAACUUCCACCACUCCACAAUAGUUCAUCACAACACCCACUAA